AUGACUAGUGUGCUACGAGGUGUUUUGAGGAACAGUUCUGUUCUUAAGAAUUGCGUCAAACCACUCAAACCACUCAAAUCAUUAACUCCAGUUUCUUCACAAACCAGAUCAUUUGGUUCCACAUCUUUGCUUUUCGAGGAUAUCAAGCAAAAACAACCACAAACUUAUGAAGAAGAAAAAGUCAUUAUAGAUGAAAUGAUCAAAAACUCUACUCCAGAAGAUAUUCAGGCUUCGAAGCGUAUGAGAAAUAUUGGUAUUUCUGCCCACAUUGACUCGGGGAAAACUACAUUUACUGAACGUGUCUUGUUCUACACCGGUAGAAUCAAGGCAAUUCACGAAGUGAGAGGUCGUGACUCUGUUGGUGCCAAGAUGGACCAUAUGGACUUGGAAAGAGAAAAAGGUAUCACUAUCCAGUCUGCUGCAACUUACUGUUCAUGGGAUAAAGAUGAUCAAUCUUAUCAUUUCAAUUUGAUUGAUACACCAGGCCACAUUGAUUUCACUAUUGAAGUCGAAAGAGCUUUGCGUGUUUUGGAUGGUGCCGUGUUGGUUGUUUGUGCCGUUGCAGGUGUGCAAUCACAAACAGUAACCGUUGAUAGACAAAUGCGUCGUUACAACAUUCCAAGAGUCACUUUUAUCAACAAAAUGGAUCGUAUGGGUGCCAACCCAUGGAGAGCUAUCGAACAAUUGAACUCGAAGUUAAAGUUACCAGCUGCAGCCAUCCAAGUUCCAAUUGGAGCAGAAGAAAACUUGCAAGGUGUUGUCAAUAUUAUCGAUCGCGUUGCUUUGUACAAUGAAGGUCCACAAGGUGAAACCAUUAGAAAAGCUGAAAUCCCUGAAGAGUUGAAGGAUUUGGUUGAAGAAAAGAGACUCCUUUUGAUUGAAACUUUGGCUGACGUAGAUGAAGAAAUUGCCGAUAUCUAUUUAGAAGGAGAAGAACCAACUGUGGAACAAAUCAAAGCAGCCAUUAGACGUGCCACUAUUGGAAGAAAAUUCACUCCGGUGUUGAUGGGUUCAGCUUUAGCAAAUAGAGGUGUUCAGCCAGUAUUGGACUCUGUUGUUGACUACUUGCCACAACCAAAUGAAGUGUUAAACACUGGUGUUGAAGUGCACAAUGAUGGUACAGAAACCCCAAUCAACUUGGUUGCUUCUAGUGCAGCACCUUUUGUUGGUUUGGCAUUCAAAUUAGAAGAAGGACCAUAUGGUCAGUUGACAUACAUUAGAGUUUACCAAGGUAAGUUGAAGAAGGGUGCGUACAUGACACACAUCAAAUCAGGUAAAAAAGUCAAGGUUGCAAGGUUGGUGAGAAUGCACUCAAAUGACAUGGAAGACGUUGCCGAAGUCGGAAGUGGUGAAAUCUGUGCUACAUUUGGUAUUGAUUGUGCUUCAGGUGACACUUUUAUCGGCCAGGGCUCAAAGCAAAUUGCCAUGAGUUCUAUGUUUGUUCCUGAAGCCGUUAUAUCUUUAAGUAUUGCUCCAAAGACAAAGGACAACGGUGCAUUCUCAAAAGCCAUGAAUAGAUUCCAAAAGGAAGAUCCUACAUUUAGAGUCCAUUUCGACCCAGAAUCAAAAGAAACAAUUAUCUCGGGUAUGGGUGAGUUGCAUUUGGAAAUUUAUGUCGAGAGAAUCAAGAGAGAGUAUGGUGUUGAUUGUAUUACUGGUAAGCCACAAGUCUCCUAUAGGGAAACCAUUACUACACCAACAGCAUUUGACUACACCCACAAGAAACAAUCUGGUGGUGCUGGUCAAUAUGGUAGAGUUAUUGGUGAAAUGAAACCAACGGAAAGUGCCAAUGAAAACAAGUUCCAAACCGCUAUUGUUGGUGGUAAAAUCCCUGAGAAAUUCUUGGCGGCAUGUCAAAAGGGUUUCGAUGAUUGUUUGGAGAAGGGUCCAUUGAUUGGACAUAAGGUUUUGGGUGUUGAUAUGCUUAUUAAUGAUGGUGCUACACAUAUUGUUGAUUCUUCGGAGUUGGCCUUUAGAACCGCAACACAUGGUGCUUUCAAGCAAGCUUUCCAAAAUGCCAAUGCAGUGAUUUUGGAACCUAUAAUGAGCGUUGAAAUCACUGCACCAAACGAAUUCCAAGGUGCCGUUGUUGGAUUGGUGAAUAAGUUGGGCGGUAUGAUUAAUGAGACAACAAAUGGUCCAGAUGAAUUUACCGUUAGUGCCGAGUGUUCGUUGAACACAUUAUUUGGAUUUUCAACUAGUUUGAGAGCCUGUACCCAAGGUAAAGGCGAAUUCUCAAUGGAAUUCUUGAAGUACUCACAAACUUCUCCACACUUGCAGAAACAAUUGAUCGCUGAUUACCAAAAAGCUCAAGCAGCUAAGAAUAAAUAG